AUAUUUUUGUUGUAUUUUGUUUCUAAUACAACUUCUUAUCACCAAGCAAAAUGCCGUUGAUUGCAUCGCAUAUAUCAAAAUCCAGCAUUGCUCGGGAGGCUCCGAGUCGCUCUCCAAAACGAUUCCGUUUGCAUGGACAAAGUGUCAUUGCGUUUCCAUUAGGAUAGGUUACAUUUACGCUCUUUUUCCUUUCAAGUUUUUUUCAUAUCCUUUAAAUUUAAUUAAUUAAAUUACUGUGAGCACGUACUUCGUUACAGUAUAAAUAUAUAUAAUCGAAUGAAUUAUGAUUAAAAAUGAUUUGUAGUCUAUUACUCCGAAUUAUGUUCGUUAAGUAGAGGGAAAAAUGAGGCAAUUGUUAACCUGUCUCUUUAACUCGACACGUGAUUUAAAAUAUCCUCUGUUUUUCGAUAAUCUUCGUCUCGAAACAAAUUAUUUAAAACUUAAACAGGUGCUUAAAAGAUUACACAGAUAAAGAUUUUACAUCAUGUCAAAGAAGAUUAUUUGUUUGUUUGAUGUGGAUGGCACACUCACUGAACCACUGCAGCCAAUCAGUCCUAGCUUUGAAAAGUUUCUCCUAGAAACUGUAAAGAAAGAUUUUGACAUUGCAGUAAUCGGAGGUUCUGAUUUGAACAAGAUUCAAAAACAGCUAGGUAGUGGAAAUCUUUUUGAAAAGUAUAAGUAUGUCUUUGCGGAAAAUGGCCUUAUCGCUUUCAAGAAUGGCAAAGCUUUACCUUCACAAUCAAUUCAAAAUAUGCUCGGAGAGGAUUUUCUGCAGGAUUUUAUAAAUUUCACCUUGCGAUAUAUAUCCGAGCUGAAGCUACCAUUUAAGCGUGGAACAUUUAUCGAAUUCCGUACAGGCAUGUUGAACAUUUCGCCAGUUGGACGAAAUUGCAGCAAAAAAGAACGCGAGCAAUUUUAUGAAUAUGACAAAGAACAUCAUAUUCGGGAAAAAUUUAUACAAAUCCUGAAAAAGGAGUUUCCUGAUUCGGGUUUAACUUACAGUAUCGGGGGACAAAUCUCUUUUGAUGUUUAUCCCAUCGGUUGCGAUAAAACGUAUUGCUUGCGUCAUAUUCAAGGAUAUGACGAAAUACACUUUUUUGGUGACAAAACAACCGAAGGUGGUAACGAUCAUGAGAUUUACGAGAGCGAUCUGACAAUAGGACACCGUGUCACUUGUCCCAAGGACACCAUGAACCAAUUGAAUAUCCUUAUGACUCUCAUAAAAGAGAAUAGGGAGAAAGAGCAGCUCAAUGUUCCGUUGCAAUGUGUAUAAUAAUUAAGGCCU